GCAGGGGGCGCUGCCGCACACGUGUAUUGUCAUGACGGAACUAUCAGGGGCCAGAAGUCACUAAAACUAAAACUUGUGGUUGCUAAGGGAUGUAUAUGUCUGAGGACAAGGACUCUCAGGAGGAUGAACUUCUUGCUUUGGCAAGUAUUUAUGAUGAGGAGGAGUUCCGCCGCUCGGAGUCAACUCAAGGGGGAGAGAUCAUCAUGUGCCUGGAGCUCCCUCCUGGUUUCAAAGUGGUGGUGAAAGGAGAGAAAACAGCCGAGCAUGCUGUCUGUUUCUUGCCCCCUUUGGUGCUUAAUUUUGAGCUGCCUGAAGAUUAUCCAUCCACAUCUGCACCAGGGUUCACCCUCAGCUCCAAAUGGAUGACCAAAGCUCAGUUGAGCUCACUAUGCCGACGCCUGGAUGAGUUGUGGGAGGAAAACCAGGGUUGUGUGAUUCUGUUCACAUGGAUCCAGUUUCUCAAAGAAGAAGCUCUUGACUUCCUGGUCGUCCAGUCUCCUCUUGAAGUCGUCAGGGGCGGCGGUAAAGCAGCCAGUGAACGGAGGAAAACGGAUCCUGCUCCCACCGCCGUGGCACAGUGUGGGAGUCUGUCUGAAAAACCAGAGGAAAAGAAAACGGAAGUUAGCACAGACAAGUCUGAACAACACCUUUUGUUAUCACCCCAGCCUGAUCCGCGGGGUGUUGUUCUGAUGGACCCGCGUACUGACCCGCUACCUCAGCUCCUGGACUUUGACGAGGCACAGCGGCAGAAGGUCUUUGACUGCAAAGUAUUCUGCUGUGGAAUCUGCUUCGUGGAGAAGCUGGGCUCCAACUGUCUGUGUUUUAAGGAGUGCCAGCACGUCUACUGCAAAGACUGCUUGACUGAGUACUUCCAGAUUCAAAUACGAGACGGCAACGUUCAGUGCCUCAAUUGUCCUGAGCCCAAAUGUACCUCAUUAGCGACACCGUUGCAGGUGAAACAGCUGGUAGACGAGGAGCUGUUCGCCCGAUACGACCGUUUGCUGCUUCAGUCCAGUUUGGACCUCAUGGCUGACGUGGUGUACUGCCCCCGUCAGUUCUGUGGCACCGCUGUAAUGGUGGAGCCAGACACAACCAUGGGCAUUUGCACAGUUUGCAAGUAUGCGUUUUGUACGCUGUGCAAGCUGGGCUACCACGGGGUCUCCAACUGUAAAAUUACUGCAGAUGAAUUACGCAACCUCAGAGAUGAGUACCUGUCUGCCACUAAUGAGGGGAAGAAGUUCAUGGAGCAACGCUUUGGAAAACGGGUGAUUCAAAAAGCCGUGGAGGAAUCUUUCAGCAGAGACUGGCUCAACGAGAACUGCAAAGCUUGCCCUCGCUGUGGAACCAACAUACAGAAAGUGGACGGCUGUAACAAGAUGACCUGUACCAGUUGUAAACAGUACUUUUGUUGGCUGUGCAUGGGCAUCCUCACCAAAGGAAACCCAUACAGCCACUUCAACAACCCGCAGUCUCCCUGUUACAACCAACUCUUCCUCGGUGUCGACGUGGAUGACGACAACGACUUCUGGAGUGACGAGGACGACUGACACCAGCCUAGUGCCUCACUGCUGUACGCGCCAUUUGAAUGCACUUUAUAACUCGCAUAACCAUCAGUUCACCUGUGACUCACUAUGCCUGAAUCGGCCCCGUGAUGCCACCGCAUCACUAACUUUGAUACCUUAGUGAAGACUUCAAAUGUGAUCAAACAUUGAUUGUCAGGGUGCACACUAUUAAUAGUUACAUAAUAUAUGACGAAUGUCGUAUCUAAACUAUGUACGUACCCUGGUAUUGACAGAAACAGCCUUUGCCUUUUUGUUAAAGUUUAGCAUUUUGUCAAGCAUAUUUUUUGUUCUAAACAUCAGGGAUGUGUAUCUUCACGAGGGGUUACUGAUUCAGCACACAUUUUUCUAACAACAAUUUUAGAUAAUGAAACGUUAUAGAGCCUAGCUCAAGAACACGAGGGAAAUUAUGAUCGGGUAACUUUGGUGUAAGUCUAAAGUGAAAAUAAAACAAUCAGAUUGAUUACCUCUUUCAAUUCAGCUAAGCACUUUGUCAUGCGAUGGGUUCACUUUGCAGGGCUUGUGAUCAUGAUAAAAAAAUAAUAAAAGGAACAUUGAUUGAGCACAGUUUGGUUAGUUGAUUCAGGGGAAUUCAGUUGUGCUUUUUUGCUCCUUCCGAGGGAGCAACGUGUUCUCUGGAAAACAAUUUGCAUCUCAUCACCCUGCUUGUGAAAUUAAUUACCUGCACUUCAGACAACUUGCAUGUAAAAAAAAAAAAAAAAAGACAUCGCAAACACUUCUUUGAAUCUUCAGACAUAAUAAAGAAAUAUUCAGAGUUAAAGUUUGGAUCCUAACCUCAGUUUUUCCUAAACUAUUUGUAUGGAUUUCCAGCUGUAGGGUUCUUUAUUACACUACAGGUGUGAGAAACCCUUUAUUACUCUCUCAGACUUCCACACAGUCUGCUCCAUAUUUAAUUUCUUCCAUUUCUCAACUCACUUAAAUUAUAUUUAUAGUUUCAAACAGAUCCAUUCAUGUGUUUCUGUUGCCUGGAAUAAUGUACGAGGUUUUUUUCUUUCAUUGGUUGUGGGAAUGGAGUUUGGUUGGAGUACUGUAGUUUUUUUUUUUUUCUAAACUACUAAAGCCUUUGUGGGUGUUGCUACAAGUUUGGUUGUGGGAUGUUAAUGCAGGGGAGUGGUUUCAGUUGGUGAACAGACACAUUAUGGAAUGAUAUAUGAUUUUGCCAAAUGAAUUUCAAAGUGAUACCAUAAAUUUAUGAUUUUCCCAUAUGUUAACGCAUUAUUGAAUCAGAGAUUACCCAAAGAACAUUAAGCCAGUGUGUUUUUCCUUCCAACAUGUCAUCAUUACUGUUAGUGGGUGCAAACAACUUGUUUGGUUGAUCACUGUGUGGGCUGGUAAAAGACAAUCUCCUGCUAAUCAAAGGCAAAUGUUUUCAUUUCGGCAUCCGUUCAAACGUUCCAUCACUUAAAUUCUGUCAUACAAGCCCUGCCAGUUCCUGUUAAGCAUCCAGUAAAAUAAACGGCUCAGUCAACAA